GUACUACGCCCUCGAGCAGGACGAGGGCGGCAUGCCACCAUGGGAGCGCUUCCGGGAACUCUGUCUCCUCCGGUUCGGGCCUCCUAUCCGCGGGAGCCGACUGGCGGCCCUCGGCCGCUUACCCUUCACAUCCACGGUGCAGGACUACGCCGACCGCUUCCAGGCCCUGGCGUGCCACGCGCCGGGCGUCUCCGCAACUCAGCGCGCCGAGUUAUUUGUGGGCGGUCUACCGGACCAUAUCCGCGUGGACGUGGAGCUUCGGGGACCCCAGGAUCUCCAGUCGGCCAUGUAUUACGCCCGCGCAUUCGAGCGCCGCGCGGUGGCCAUCCAGCGGGAAUCACCGUCCCAGACUGCUGAGUCGCUACCCGGACCGGAUUCCGCGCAGGGUCGACCUGUGCAGGCUUCUGCGGCACCCCUCGCCGCGACCGCGGGGCGCCCGUUCCGCCGGCUCACCCCAGCUGAGAUACUCGAGCAUCGCCGCCAAGGGUUGUGCUUCAACUGCGACGAACCCUACAAGCCCGUCCACGCCUGCCCGCGACUCUUCUACCUGGAGGUGGCAGACUACAUUCCGGAGGACGCCGUCGCCGCCGACCUGGCCGCCCCAGAUGUCGAGAAGGUGUUUGACGCUGAUUGAUUACCUCGAAGAGUUCAAGCAAGCGCUUCCCCAGCUUACAGCUCGAGGACGAGCUGUUUGUGCAGGCGGGGAGAAGUGUUAUGGCCGGCCGGCUUAGGCCCGCAAGUUAUCUUAGUUUUUAUUUUCAGAUUAGGCAAGUUAUCUUAGGCAAGUUAUCUUAGGUUGAUUCUUCUACAAGUUAUCUAGGAUAUUAAUAUAGGUUGUAAGACUCUUUUUGAAGGCAAGCAAUAAGAAGAAUAUUAUCUCCUAUUGCCCGGCUCCUUGAGGAGCCGGAACUCUAGCCGCCGCCCUUCUCCUAGCCGCGACGGCGCCCUGCCGCCGGCGCGCCCGAUCCUCGCCACGUCUCCCUCCAUCCUUCCCUUACCACCUACGCCCUAGACCUGGUAGAGUACUUGAUCCUACCAAUGUCUCAUCCCUGAACUUUGCCGCUUGACUUGAUUGUGCCCAGUUAAAAUGGAUGAGAAGGCCCGUCUAGGUGUACUCGUGCCACAUGUAUGUGAAGAACCACCUCAAUCAGAUGUGCUUUGCCGCGUCAUGCUAGAACUAUAAUUGCCGGCUACCGUGCAAAAC